CGUCCACGUCUCCUAACAACAUCCCCAGUCCUCAGGAACAGCCUGCAGACAUGGGGAACUGCACUGGGAACAUGUGCGACCGGCCAAAGAACACUAACAUCAAAUUCAGUUUACCUGCCGUGUGUUUCGUCUGGCAGUUGUCUAUGAUUAUUCUUUUUGGGGUAUUUGUGCGGUAUAAUGAGGAGUCAGACACGCACUGGGUUGACAUCAGAAAGGAGAACAAUAUCACAAGUGAUAUUGAGAAUGACUUCUACUACAGAUAUCCAAGUUUUCAGGAUGUUCAUGUCAUGAUCUUCGUGGGCUUUGGGUUCCUCAUGACCUUCCUGAAGCGCUAUAGCUUUGGUGCCGUCGGAUUUAACUUCCUGAUUGCGGCUUUCGGCAUCCAGUGGGCUCUUCUGAUGCAAGGCUGGUUCCAUUCUCUGGACCCAAUUGAUGGAAAGAUCAAGAUCGGGAUAGAAAACUUGAUCAAUGCAGAUUUCUGUGUGGCGGGGUGUCUGAUCGCCUACGGGGCCGUGCUGGGGAAGGUCAGUCCCGUGCAGCUGUUGGUGAUGACCCUGUUAGGGGUCACGCUGUUCGCUGUGGAAGAGAACAUCAUCCUGAGCGUCCUUCGUGCCAAAGAUGCUGGGGGCUCCAUGGUGAUCCACACUUUUGGAGCUUAUUAUGGUCUGUCCAUUUCAUGGGUUUUGUAUCGACCUGAUUUGGAUAAGAGCAAACAUCUGAACGGGUCCGUCUACCACUCGGACGUGUUCGCCAUGAUUGGAACCCUCUUCCUGUGGAUGUUCUGGCCAAGUUUCAACUCUGCCAUUGCUGACCAUGGAGACGGUCAGCACAGAGCUGCCAUCAACACAUACCUGGCCUUGGCCUCCACCGUCCUCACGGCAGUCGCCGUCUCCAGCCUGUUCGAGAAAACUGGGAAACUAGACAUGGUUCACAUCCAGAAUUCCACGCUGGCAGGCGGAGUUGCUGUGGGAACAGCAGCUGAGUUUAUGCUCAUGCCAUACGGUUCUUUGAUUGUGGGUUUCUUCUGUGGCAUUAUUUCCACGAUGGGUUACAUUUUUAUUUCGCCGUUCUUGGAGGAGAAGCUGAAGAUUCAGGACACGUGUGGGAUCCAUAACCUGCACGCUAUGCCAGGGGUCAUUGGAGGAAUCGUGGGCGCCAUCUCAGCCGCUGCCGCCACCAGCACCGUUUAUGGAGAGUUAGGGUUGGAAAACACAUUUGACUUUACGGGAGCUAUUGCGAAACGGGUGCCCACUGUCCAGGGAGGAUACCAGGCAGCCGGACUCUGUGUGGCCUUGUGUUUUGGAAUCGGAGGCGGUAUAUUAGUUGGCCUGGUUCUGAAGCUGCCCAUCUGGGGGGAUCCUGCCGAUGAAAACUGCUUUGAGGACGAGAUCUAUUGGGAGGUUCCAGAGGAUGAAGAAAGUGUUCCUCCCAUCCUGACCUACAACAACCACAUGAUCCCCAACAAACAUGCAAACACGACAGAGACAAACUUCGUGGAGCAGCAUUAACACAUGGAAUCAGAUCCGUGUCACUGGGACAAGCAUCUGCUUUCCCUG